AUUGUUUACUCUUUCUACUCAUGCGCAAAAAUUCCGCUACGUCGAACUAUAAAUUGACAUAAUAUUUUCUUACGUUUCCAGUCCGUUUCUUACGUCUCCGUUGCGUCUACGUCUACGCUACGUCAAACUAUAAAUCCAACUUUAGUGUUGACUAUUCUGUGGUGUUGACAAACAUGACAGGCGGCAGAAAAACCGCUGACCUCGAAAACAUCUCGAAGAGCGCAUAAAAACUGGCCUUUAACUAUUUUGGUUGAACAGUUGAACGUGAGUUGAACGGCAAUUGUCAAUGUCAACAUAACCCGUCAUUUUUGUUUAUUUAAGUUUUAGAAAAUAAAUAAAACUAAAAUAAAAAAUAAUUAUAAAACUAAUGGAUAAUAGUAAUAAUGAGGUCUAUACAAUUGGAACUUGCAAAGAAAUGUGCCCUUUUCGUGAAGCAAGACUGAGAGAAAGACAAGGUUUACUUCAUAUUUUGGAAGUUGUUCCGGGAACCGAGAAUAAUAAAAAUCCAAAAGCUGAUGUAAAACGUGUAGUUAAAGAAUUUACAAGAUCAGCAGCUGGGAAAUCUUUUCUGAUCUCUGGAAACUUGAGACCGCCUGAUGUGCUAUUGAAGACCAUAAAUUAUUUACUAGAUGAAGUUAUAAGUAACAAAGAAGUACCAUGGAUGGUCAAAUAUGACUUUAUAUUAGAUAGAUUAAGAGCUGUAAGGCAGGAUAUGGUUAUUCAGAAUGUUUCAAGACCCCACCAAAUAGUUAUAUUGCAACCCAUUAUUAGAUUUCUUACUUAUUCAUCCUAUAGAUGCUGUGAAGAAGCAAUUAAUACUUAUGAUCCUCAUAUAAACAACACCCACCUUCAAGAAUGUCUUAAGAGGUUAUUGUGCACAUAUGACUACUUUGACAAUCUCGAAAAAAGCUCAAAACAAGAAAUAUCCAAUAAUUUUUUAGUUGAGAGUAGACCAUAUUUCGAAAGCUUGUAUUUGAUUUUCAAUAUGGGAGAUGUGAGUGCUCUCAAUAGGUAUCUAAAUCUGCCACCGCAGUGGAGAACUUCCUUAGUGAAAACAUCUAUGAGGAUAUGUCUGAAUUAUGUAAAUAGAAACAUUUCCAAAGUUAUUAAACUGUCUAAACAAUUGCCAUUGUCUCUUCAAAUGAUAGCUUUUCUUCACUUGCCGGAAAUACGAAGGAUAACUUUGAAAAUCAUGUCAUCGGCAUAUCAUAGUAAAAAUUUGAGAUUUCCUCUAGAUGUUCUGUCAGAUAUGCUUCUAUAUAAUUCUGUAAACGAAUUGAUAAAAGACUGCAAUUAUUAUGGUUUAAAAACUGAACAAGGUGGAGUUCACUUUAUGAAGUGUGAUUUUCUUGAAGAUAAAGUCAAGAUGAAACCACGGCGUAGUAAAGAAAUCGACAAAACAUUGGAAGAUACUGAUAUUAGUAUGUUUUUAUUGUAUGGAGAUAACUGAUAAAAAUCCACUAGAAAUAUUUUUUAUUGUAUAUAUUUUGAAAAAAAUUGUUUUUUAAUAAAACUUUUAUUUGUU